AUGCCUUCCGUCUUCAUGAAGAAAUCCCUUGCUCAUCAUAGAGCAAAGCACCCAAGUAUUGAUUUACAAACUUCCAUCUCCCGUGAUCAGUUUGAAAGGAUUAAUUCUGUCCACUUCGCUGACUGUAUGAAAACUAUUGAGAAAUGUUUGACCUAUGCCAAGACAAAUAUCAAGGAGGUCGACGACAUUGUACUUGUUGGUGGGUCAACCAGGAUCCCAAAGAUUGAAUCACUUUUGACGAAAUUAUUUAAAGGCAAGCAGAUUUUGAAGACCAUUUACCCCGAUGUGGCCGUAGCACAUGGUGCUGUAUACUAUGCUGCAGUAUUAAAUGGUGAUCAGAAUGUUCCAACUGCGUAUUUGAAUGAGUGGAAGGUUAAUGAAAGACAUGAUGGCUGUUGUGGGAUGGCUGUUGUGGUUCCUAGGUGCAGUCCUCUUCCUAUCUCCAAGGAAGCGAAGAAUAUCACAACGGUUCAAGAUAAUCAAAAUGAAAUGUGUUUGUUGAUCUAUGAAGGAGAUGAACAAAGUGUUAACAGAAACACUAAACUAGGAGAAUUAGAACUCCUUGGCAUUCCUCCUGCUAAAUGUGGUGUUCCCACUAUCACUCUUGGCUUCGAUAUAAGUUCAGAUGGUGCCUUAACUAUUUCUGCAACAGAGAGCUCUUCUGGAACAAGCAACAAAAUUACCAUUGAAAAUUUCAAGGGAAGAUUUUCUGAAGAGGAGAUCGAGAAGAUGAUUAACCAAGCUGCUAAGUACAAAUCUGAUGAUGAGAAACACCAGAAGAAUAAGGAGGCAGCAAAUGAGCUUAUUGAAUAUGCCACUGCCAUGAAGCAAACAAUUAAUCCUGAGCUGUCAGUUAAUGCAAAGGAAGAAAUUGAAAGUGAGAUCAAUUUGGCUGUUGAAUGCAUGCCUAGAGAAUUGCCACUUUGA